UUAAGUUUUGUUUUUAUAAUUACGGAUAAUGGGAUUAGGAAUUUUUCGAUGGAAGAUAUUAUUGAUUAUUCUGUCAGUUUUACUUUUUUGGCAAUCCUCAAAAAUAUGGUUGAAUUUUACACAAGGAAAAUCAGACAUAAAAGCACAGCUUCAGGAUAAUCAACCAGUAACAUUAAGCCAAAAAGAAGAAAAGAAUGCACAAAAGGUACACAUAGCUAUUUAUUAUGAAGCACUAUGUCCAGAUUCACGCAGUUUUUUCAUAAAACAGUUAUUACCAACAUAUCACAGAAUUCCAGAUAAUGUACGAAUAGAAUUUAUACCAUAUGGAAAAGCUAUGACAUUGAAAACAGAAGAUGGAUAUGAAUUUAAAUGUCAACAUGGACCUAUUGAAUGUGCAGCAAAUAUUAUUCAUGCAUGUUCUAUAGACAUUUUAAAAAAUUCUUCCAUUAAAUUAGAAUAUCUAUCUUGUAUGAUUAAAAAUAACAUGAUACCAAAAAAGAUCAUGGAAAUCUGUGCAAAAAAAAUGAAUAUAGAUUAUAACCCUAUAUUUAAAUGUUAUAAUGAAGAAAAAGGUAAAGAACUUUUGGCUGAAUAUGGAAAAUUAACAAAUGUUUUAAUACCAAGAAUUUCUUUUAUACCAACUGUUAUAAUAAAUGGGGUAAGUUUCUUUAAAUCAAUUUCUAAAUGCAUUUAUUUAGUAUUGCAACUAUUAAAAAGAAAUUUUAAUAUAUAUAUACACACAUACACAUAUAUACACACACACACACACACACACAUACACACUGUAAUAAAUAUGGAUUUACAGAGUUCAGAGAACCAGGCAAGGAUAUUAAAAAAUUUAUUACAAGAAGUAUGUUUACAUUUUAAGAUUAUUCCAGAAGGUUGUAUAUUAUAAAAAUAUGCAAAAAAUUUAUAAAACAUUAAAUUUUCUUGACAAAAUUGCAUGAAAUACAAUAUUUUUUACAUAAA